AUGUCUCAACUGCAGGAAGAGGCCCACAAUGCAUCAGUGCUAGACGUAACAGCAAUGAUGCCCACCUCAAAUCGCGAAAUAUACCUCACAAAUAUUGAAAAAUUUAAUCACUUACUGAACUGCCUUACUGGUCAAGCUCUAGAGACAGUACAGGCAUUUCCUAUUUCGAAUGAAAACUAUCCAAAGGCUCUGGAUAGGCUUAAAUCGCGCUAUUCCAAUAAUAGCCUAAUCUUCGCCGAAAAUAUCGCGACACUAUUUGAUCUACCAGCAGUAUCGGGUCAGUCAAGCCAACAACUCCGUAGUCUGGUAAACAAUGCAUCCGCUUUGUAUGGUUCACUCUGUUCGCUAGGUACAGAGAAACAAAUAUGUGAGGCUCUACUUAUCUCGCUAAUCAUGCAAAAAACGGACGCAAUUACACGUAGGAAAUGGAAUGAAUCGCGUAACUUCGACACAUUACCCAGUUGGGAAGAUUGCUCAAAAUUAUUGGAUAGGCAUUGCCAGUUUCUCGAAUCACUCGACAGUGGAAACGGCAAUCAGUCAUCAUCACAACGUAAACCUAAUAAUCUUAACUCCAAGAGUAACAGACGCUCAAAACAAUACGCAUUUGUUGCAUCUACAUCCAGCAAUUCUUGCUCAUUUUGUUCUAGCAAUGAACACCUAAUACAGAAUUGUCAUCGUUUUAAGGCACUGGAGGUGGUUCAAAGGUUUGAAAAGGUAAAGAGCCUAAAACUCUGCAUAAACUGCUUAUCGCCACGCCAUCAUGUGGUUAAUUGCACAUCAACGUUUAAAUGUAAGGUUUGCGCAAAGCCACAUCACACUCUCUUGCAUCAUUCGCAAUUGCCAACGAAUAUUAAGAGCGCGGGAUCAUCACGACGCACAGAACACGCUGCUAUGCCCAACGACAACGUUGCCAGCCAUUCCCAUCUUAAUAUGUCAUCGGCCGAGCAAAUAAUUCUAGCUACUGCAUUGGUUUUAGUGAAGGAUUCAUCGGGAAGUUAUCAAGUGGGUAGAGCCUUGCUUGAUUCAUGCUCUCAGGUCAACUUCAUAACGGAGGAGUUUUCAAAGAAGCUUAGUUUAGCAAAACAUAAACAUCGGUUGCAUGUUUCCAGUAUUGGUAGUUCGUUGACCAACAUAAAGUAUCAGACGCUCACAUCAAUCAAAUCUCGUCAUUCAAAUUUUGAACUUGCUUUAAACUUUGGUAUUACGAAUCACAUCGCAUAUCAACCAAGUUCUGAAAUCGAUAUAUCGUCGUGGAAGGUUCCACCAAAUACACCUCUCGCCGAUGAGCAAUUCUUUAAAUCCAAGCGCGUUGAUCUUUUGCUUGGAGCUGAAAGAUGGAUUGUAUCUGGCAAGUACAAGGGUCAGCCAUUUGCAUCACCAGCAGCAAAAUGCCUAUUAUCAGUUGAAGAUACAGUCUCCGAUCAAUUAGAAAUGAUGUGGAAGAUAGAGGAAGUGCAAUCGGCUUCAAAAUCAUGGUCACCAGCACAUGUUGCGUGUGAGUCAUUAUAUCGUGAAACGGUUCACCAAAAUGCGAUGGGAAGAAUUGUCGUUCGGUUACCAUUCAAAGAUUCACCAGAUUGUCUUGGUUUGACACACAAUAUCGCCUUGCGCCGUUUUUAUUCUGUAGAACGGCGAUUGUCAUCUAAUCGUGCACUGAAGCAAGACUAUCAAGAAUUCAUGAAACAAUAUCGAGAGCUCGGACACAUGACGCGUGUUGAGACUCCGAAAACCAACGAACCUCAUUAUUAUAUCCCUCAUCAUUGUGUUUUAAAACCGUCGAGCACUUCGACCAAGCUGAGGGUGGUUUUUGAUGCGUCAUGUUCAACAACUUCGCAACGUUCAUUAAAUGAUAUUCUACUGGUCGGCCCGACAAUUCAGCCGGAGUUAUAUUUGUUGCUACUUCAAUUUCGUUUGCACCGAUAUGCCUUGACGGCUGACAUUGUUAAGAUGUACCGACAGAUACUGAUAGAUGAACCAGAUCGAAAAUUCCAAUAUAUUUUUUGGCGAGAUACGGAGUCCGAUCCUGUUAGUACUUACGAGUUGAAUACAGUCACUUAUGGUACUGCAUCAGCACCUUUCCUAGCAACCAGGAGUUUGCAGUAUUUGGCGGACAAAUUUGAAACACAAUACCCAAUAGGCGCUGCACUCAUUAAAUCAUCGUUCUUUGUCGACGACUUCUUAGGUGGAGCAGAUUCCAUUGAUCAACUCACCAAUAUCAGACAUCAGUUAACGGCCAUUCUACAGAAGGGUUGCUUCGAUCUUGACAAAUGGCAUUCAAACCAUCAUGACUUCAUCAGCGAUACUACAACAAAGAGUUUGAAUCUUGAUACAGAUACAGUCACCAGCGCUCUAGGCAUCAAGUGGCACCAAAUGCAAGAUGUUUUCCUAUUUUCGUUUAAUGCACAACCAGGUCAUAUUGUAACAAAACGCACCAUCUUAUCCCUUGCGUCUUCAUUAUUCGACCCGCUUGGAUUACUAGCACCGAUCAUACUCGUAGCCAAAAUUAUGAUGCAAGAAUUGUGGCUUUUGCGUGUGGACUGGGACGAGUCAGUCCCUCAAAAUCUUCACUCAGCUUGGAAAACAUUUAUUCAAGAUCUUACAACGCUUUCAUCGGUUAAGGUGCCGAGGUACUGCCUAUCCAUAAACUAUCAACAGGUUGAUGUACACGGUUUCUGUGACGCUUCAAUACGCGCAUAUGGUUGCUGUAUAUUUCUCCGAUCACAAAACACAUCAGGUAAGGUGACGGUCAGGCUAUUCACUGCAAAAUCCCGUGUGGCACCUAUAAAGCGGAAGUCGCUACCUAAACUAGAACUCUGUGGUGCCUUACUUCUUGCCAAACUGUAUCAGAAGGUCCAACCAAUAUUUGCGCAAUUUAAGGGUGAAACGUUUUUUUGGACUGAUUCACAGAUUGUAUUACAUUGGUUGAAGCAGCACUCAUCAACCCUGUCUGCAUUCGUUGGCAAUCGAGUAGCGGAAAUUCAAGAUAUUACCGCAAAUGGGCAAUGGAGACACGUUCCUACCCAAUCCAACCCGGCAGAUGUUGUGUCGCGCGGCUGUAACAUCCGCCAAUUAUCAGAGUCUUGUUGGUUUACGGGGCCGGAAUUUUUGUUACUCGCUGAUAAAUACUGGCCGCAUUUGAAAUGUCACAACCUGGAUAUGGAAGAAGUCAAUAAAGAGACGCGAAAGGUUGUAUUCGUUAACACAAAUGAAGACAACUACGUAUUACAGGUAUUGUCAAGAUAUAGUUCAUACACUAAGAUGCUACGAGUAAUAGCGCAGGUACAGCGUUUUUAUCAUGUAACCAAGAAUAAAUUGAAGAACGGAGAAUGUACCCUCCAACCUAUUCAGCUACAAAAGGCAUUGCACUGUAUUAUUUGGGUCAUCCAACAGCAAUUCUUCGAAAUUGAUAUACAACGCCUACAACGAGGGAACCCAGCCAAAGGUACAUUAAAGCAUCUAAAUCCCUUCCUGGACAAUGUAUUCGGUUAUCAAUUACUAAAGGUGGGAGGUCGCCUCGAGCUGAGUGACAUCUCAGUAGGCCAACGUCACCCUAUUUUGUUGCCGAAGGGCUGUUAUUUUGUGGAACUUUAUGUUCGGCAUAUACACUUGUGCAACUAUCAUGCAGGCGCAAAAGCACUAAUUGCCCUUACUCGACUAAACUUCUGGAUAAUUAAUAUUCGAGAAAUUGCACGCCGAGUCGUGCACUCGUGUAUUCACUGCGUGCGUUAUAAACCCAAACUACUUAAUCAAAUGAUGGGUAAUCUCCCAAUCGAACGCCUCACUCCAAGCCGUCCAUUCGCGCGUACUGCGGUAGAUUUUUGCGGUCCGAUAUUAACGUAUCUCCGAAUUCGGGGACGGGUUCCAUAUAAGACCUAUAUAGCCGUGUUCGUUUGUUUGUCUACAAAGGCAGCUCAUCUAGAAGCCGUGUCAGACUUAUCUACGGAGGCAUUUAUUGCAGCACUGAAAAGGUUAAUCGGUAGACGAGGGUUACCAUCAGACAUCUAUUGCGAUAACGCCACAAACUUCGUUGGGGCUAACAACAAACUAGCAGAGUUAAAAAGGAUGUUUUUCGAGAAGUCUAAUCAAGUGAUGCUGCAGACCUUUUGCAGCAACCAAUUCAUAAAUUUCAAUUUUAUACCGCCCCGAGCACCUCACUUUGGAGGUCUAUGGGAAGCGGCUGUAAAAAGCGCGAAAGGCCAUCUGUAUCGAACACUAUCAAAUACUCGAUUCACCUUUGAGGAGCUUGGAACAGCACUGAUUGAAAUCGAAGCCAUCUUAAAUUCGCGACCAAUCACACCUCAUUCUUGUGACCCGAGCGAUUACGAAGCGCUAACGCCGGCACAUUUUCUUAUCGGUGGGCCGCUCAAAACUUUAUCUGAACCAAGUCCUCAGUAUGAAGCUGCUUCAUUAAUUGAUAAAUGGUCUCGUAUAACCGCGGUCAAACAUCACUUCUGGCGCAGAUGGUCUAGAGACUAUCUGAAUGAGCUGCAGAUACGCACCAAAUGGACAGAAGAACAAUCUAACAUCACCGAGGGGGCUCUGGUUAUAAUCCAUGAAGACAAUAUGCCUCCACUACGCUGGUUGAUGGGCCGAAUCGUGCAUUGCAUCAGGGGUCCAGAUAAUUUGGUUCGUGUUGUUGAUGUGCAAACCCCAAAAGGAGUAAUACGCCGUCCAAUCCACAAACUCGCACUAUUACCAAUUGAAAAUCCUUUCAAGGGGGGCGGGAUAAUUCAUUAA